CGCCAAGCCCAACAGCAAUUCAUCCGGUUUGAGCUUCAUCCCAGCUUGAUUGGCAGCUUCAUCCUCUUCCUCCUCCCACGAGAUCUUGAGCGCGCCAUCCACUAGCUCCUCCUCGACGACCGCUUGCCAUCCGAUCCGAGAACCCCGUUCCGUCCAUGACGAAGCACCCGAGAGACACCGCCGCCGGCGACGUGACCCUCUCCCUGGCGCUCUCCCUCGGCGGCCUGCCCGCCGGCGACCGCGGCGCCAGCAAGAGGCCGCGCCGCGCCGGCGCCGGCGGCGGCGAGGGCGAGUUCGUCUGCAAGACGUGCAGCCGCGCCUUCGCGUCGUUCCAGGCGCUCGGCGGCCACCGGACCAGCCACCUGCGCGGCCGCCACGGCCUCGCGCUCGGGAUGCCCGCCGCGGCGCCGGCGGCCAAGCAGCAGGCAGCGCCGCCUGCUGCCAGCCACCAGUGCCAAUUCUGCGGGCUCGGAUUCGAGAUGGGGCAGGCGCUCGGCGGGCACAUGCGGCGACACCGCGAGGAGGCCGCCGCCGCGGCACAGGCGCCGCCCGUCCUCCUACAGCUCUUUGUGUAGAGUUGAUUUAGUCCAUACACAUUGAUUUGCCUAGAAUAGUUCUUUGCAUUUGUGUCGGUCUGGACAUUUUGUAGCACAUUUCGUAGACAUUUGUUGGCAUAUUGGCCGAUUCAUUCAUUCAUUACAUGUAAAGGUUACUCAUUGAUUCCUAAUUAUUGACUACGGUUUCUUA